UCUAAAUACAUAAAACGUUUACAUCUCGUGCCCGAUUGAACAAAUUUAAAAAUCUACUUUUCAUUUUCCCGAGUAAUUUACAUCAAAAAUGAUUAAUUAGAAUUUCUUUUAUAUUUUAUUUAUUUAUUUAUUUCAAUUUAUAAUAAUGAAUAAGCAUUAAGCUAUGGAGUAAUUUACAACUUGAAGCAUGUGACAAUUGAGGGAUUAUUCAUUCAUUCAAUUAUGAAUUCAUUAUUUGAAUUCAGUAAAAUUCUUACCAUAAAAUCUCAUAAAAAAUCUACUGGUCAUAAUAUUUUACUUUCGACUUUUCUUGAAAUAGGAGAGAAAAGCAUCUUAGCACUUUUUUGUGAUAAUGGUUAUUUAUUGUUUCAUUAUACCAACAAUACUGCCAGUAAGCCUGUGAUACGCCAAUUACAAUGGUACGGUCAUAGAGGUAAAUUAAUCAAAGCAAUGUGUUUUGAUCCAAAUGGAAAUUGGUUAUUGUUAGCUGCUGUGGAUUCUACAUUAUAUAUUUUUCCUGUUUUUUCUUAUAUGGAUCAUACAGUUAAAAUUAAUACAUUAUGGAAGACAGACGACAUCACAGAAAUUAAAUUAAGUGGCCAAAGAGCAAUGCCAACAUCUAUCAAAUGGUGGGAGACUCUUCAAGGUCAACAUGUUGCCAUUAUAGGAAAUGAGCAUGGUGAGAUUUCCUUCAUUAAUAUGAAGACUCAGAAAGAAAUUGGUGGAACUUAUAUUACCAUAGGAAUUAAAAAUCUAGAUUUACUUCAUGAUGAUCAUCAUAAUACAACUUAUCUUCUGAUUACAGCUAAUAAUGAACAGCAAUGGCAUUUAAUGCUAGAAGAUAAGCGAACAGAAUUUUAUUGGUUAAUAAAUCAGGAAAUUGAUUCAGUAUCUGAUAGAAAAUUACAAGGAGACAAAUCAUCUUCUUCUUCUUCUUCUGAAGAUAAAAGUCCAGAACUUCGGCCUAAUCGUCUUUCCAAAUUUGAAAGUGGUAUAUAUCUUGCACCUCAGAAUGUUGGAGGACAUAAUUUAGUAUCAGCAUAUAGUUUCUCUUCAAACAGACUACAAAUUUUAGAUGGUGGUUUGGAACAUAUGCAUUUGUUUUCUUAUCAACUGCCAAAUAAUUGUAAACAUAUCAUCUUAACAGAUAAGCUUAUAUUCAUAAUCCAAUUGAUUGAAAAUGAUGAUAAUAAAACAUACAAAUUGCUGUUAUUAUCUCGUAAAUUUGCAGAGGCAACAAGUGAUCACUCCAAAAAGAAAGAAACAAUGGAAGCAGAGAUUCAAAAUUUCAUUUUAAAUACAGAUAUUAUAGCAAUAUAUAAAAAAUCUUGUUCUUCUUGGAGAAAAGAAAAAUUGAAAAAUGAAGCAAGACAAGAAGUACCUUUAACUGUCAGUGGAAAAGACAAUGAUGAAAUUAGCAUUAAAACAGAUAUUUCUGUUUAUAAAUCUGUUCAGUUCUCAGAAAAAUUAAGAAGUAAAAGUAAUCUUUCUUUACAUUCUGAACUUAUUUUGGAUGGAUGUCUUUUAAUUUUAAAAGAUUCUGUUUGGGAAUGUAGACUAAGGAUACUUCCAGAAAAGUUAUUUCUCAGCCUAACAGAUAUUCCUGCAAAUCUUCCUCAAGCUGAGAAAUUAGGGGUAAUGAUAGGUUUAGAUAUACAUCGUUUAUAUGAAAUUGCUGCUGAUUUGCAAUUGGCUAAUGGCCAAUUUGCUCAAGCUGUUCAUCUUUACCAGUUGUCAAAGUGUUCUCAACUUAAAAGAGUUGCCUAUUUUAUGAAUUAUGGCUAUUUAUCAGAAUUAAUAGCUUAUAUUCAAGUGUUAUUUAGUACAAAAAGUAUUGAAAUUCCAACACCAGAUAAGGUACAUUUUGCUAACAUUGCUUUGCAUUGUUUUGUUCAACAAAUUACAGAGAAGUGCUUGGAAAGGCCUGCUGUUUAUCAAGCAUUUAGAAAAUUUCUUCAAGAAAAUAUUUUUUAUGAUGAUGAAGUUGCAAUAAGAUUACUUAGUCAAGAAGGAUUAUUUGAUUUAUUAUUCUUCUGUUCAGAGAUCCGUUGUCAGCUUGGCUUGAUGGUGGAAUUCUUGUUAUCUAUCAAUUCCAUAAAAGAUUCUUUGGAUGUUUUAGCAUAUAAUGUUCUUAUGGAAAAUGAUUAUGGAAAAUUGUUAUUAUUUUCUGAAAAUGGUAUGAUUUUAUUUAAAUUGCCAUCUAUGGUGCUUGCCGUUAACGAUCGAAAGAUUGUAUCAAUUGCUUGUGGUUCCGAUUUCACUAUUGUAUUAGAUUCUGUCGGAAAAUUAUGGGGAUGGGGUCAAAACGACAGUGGACAGUUAGGACAAAAACCUACACAAGAGUCUACUUCGAGGUCGCAAAGUUCCACCAGUAAUCGUGUAAUUACUAUCCGAACGAAUCGUAGAAUGAUAACCAUCACUCAGGGAUGCAGACAGGGUAUAUUACGUCCUGUACAAAUUAAUGCAUUUUCAGGAUUUCAAGGUCAGACUGUUAUGGAUUGGGAGAGUGGAAGUUUUGAAAAUGAUAUGGCACUGUAUCAAAUUAUUUACUAUCAAGCGAGAAAUAAUCAGACAAAUAUUUGUUUGCCUACGUUAUCAAAACUUGACGAUCCUUCUUACGGUCCAAGAGCUCUUCAUGCCACAUUAAAGAUAUUUCAUCGUUCCUGUGAUUUUACUGCCACAUUGAAUCGCUGUUUGGCAUUUCAUCAGUUUCAAGCUGCUGCAGAACUUUGUAGGUUAGAAGGAUUAUAUGCUCAGGCAGUUAAGUAUCAAUUGCAAGCUCUAGGAGAAAGCAUUCAAAGUAUCACCAGUUUACCUUCAGUAACAUUAGAAGUCAUUCAAUAUUACACCAGGAUGUUAGAUCAGGAUAACUUCGAUGCCGUGAAGCAGUUUCUCGAACAUGUAAUUACAUUUUGGAUGGAUCACGACUUAUCCAUAGAACAAAUUGAAUCAUUUUUCCAGAAACGUCCAACUCUAUUUUAUUAUCCACUAGGAUUGCUGUUAUUUUGUAACACUACAAGUAAAGAAACGGUUUCUACAAUUCAGCACUUUUUAAAUAAAUUAUCGACAAACUUUUGUCUGACUGUGGUAUCUUCAAUCAUCAAGCACGUACAGUCCGGUCAACAACAUACAGAAUUAAUGGAUUACAUGAUGGAAUUAACCGGAACUGCAAGCAUGCUACAGCAGAUUCAUAUGGUAGAUAGAUGGGAGGGACCCGUUCCGACUCAUUGUCUCUGGCAAGAGAUUUUUCACAAUCUACAGAAGCGAGCUCUGGCCAAUUGUAGCAUUCAUCUGUCGUCCAACGACGUCGAACGUCUGAGCAAAUCGUUAAUAAGCGAACGCAUAGGUUCUCACGUUUCUACUUCGUGUAGCAAAGACGUGAUCAUUUUCACCUGCGGUCACCAUUACACUACUCAGAAUUUCAAGUCGAUAAUACUUCCGUAUUUUAAGGAAUCGUUACACACGUUUCCUCAGACCAGCAAGCAGAUGUUGGCCCGAUACCAGUCAGACGGAGCAAUACCGGCCGCUUGUCCCAGAUGCGUGGUAACGGAAAUUAAAAGCGAACUUUAAUAAGAAAUUAUUGUGAAUAUUAAAGUUAUUAAUGUUCAGUAAAUGUAAAAGUCUAUUAUGGAUUGUCAUUGGGGUGUUUUGUUUUUAAUCUCAGGAAUAUACGCACGAUCAUUUUUUCUUUAAAAUUGUUCCUAUAAGUUUUAUGUAUUUAUAUUUGGAUAUUUUUCAUUUUGUUUAUAGUAAGAAUAAAUUUAAAAAAAAUUUUCGACAGACUUUUUUAAGAAAUCGUACCAUAGAUGCUUUCAUACAAAUAAGACAAAUUGACAUUCACCAAACGAUUCAUACUCUUAUUUUGUGCCGAAAUAAAUUUCAAAUUUUAUACCUUAUCGUCUCAGAUAAUAGUGAAAGUAGGAUGUUAUAUCAAUGUGUAAUUCUUUAAUGUAAAUUGUGGACUUUGAUGAAUAGAAAAGCUCGUAUAGAUGCUUGAUUUUACUUGUUAAUUGCUCUUAUUGUUUGACGGGAUGAGUCAAAAAUGUCUGUCAAAUGGAAGACAAGAAUGAAAAGCAUUCUGUUUUGUUAAAGGAAUUGAAUAUAUUAUUAAUUUGCUUUCCACAAAUUUUAUUGAAACCAAAAUUUGGUCUUGUUGAUUUUUUGUUUAAGAUUUUUUAAACGUUUUGGUUUUUGUAUAUAU